GUGUAUGUGUGUGUCUGUAGCUUAAGGUACCCAUUGUAUUUAGUUUUAGUCGUAAUAAAUCACUCGUGGCGUUUACACGUAUGUUUUAUUUCAUUCAUCGACUCCCCGCAACCCGCACACUUCAUGGCGACCCUGCCAUGCGCGAGCGCCGCGGUGUAGGUUCCCACCUACGUACAACCGUUGCCGGGUGUCGCGUAUCGGGCGAAUACGGCGAACUCAGCGGAUUCCUGUGUGCCUCGGUGCACCCAGUUAGAGCCUUUACAAUACUAACGUUAUAAAAUGGAUAUAACGCAAGGAACAUUCUUGAAAAACAGUCACGUACGUCGAUUCAAAAAUGGGCAAUAGUUAUUCAAAAACGGAAGACAAGGAGGUGAUAAUAGCACAGAAUGGAGGAAGUAAUACUGCGGUCCAAUCUCAUAUCCAGAUAAAUAAUAUAUUAUUGGCAUCGGCCUUGACGAUUUUCGCUGUUAUAAUCGUCAUAUUGAUAUACAAAAAGCUGAAGGACAGACAAAAGAAAUGGAUCGAGAAACAUGUUGAAUCGCAGUUUAUAAGAAGAAUGCGUUUGCGGUUGUCGGGAAAGCGAGAUCGUGAAGAAGGAAAUGAACCCGUGUGAAGAAAAUAUGUGAAUUCCGUAUUUCAGCCUAAGUAUUACGGAAUGUCACUUGGCCUUUAAAUAUUGGAAUUAUUUUUCGUGUAAGGAUCAAACUACGAGGUACCUACAUUUUCUUUAUGUAAGUAUGUUUUAAUUUCUUAUUAAGUAUAUGGAAAAAGAGAUAGAAAUAAUUUUUAAUGAAUUAUCUGAUAUUCAAAUUAGUUUGAGGAAGUUAGGCCCUCUAGAAGGUUACAAUAUAAGAAUAAGGUUAAGGAAAAAAUAUUAAAAGCUAAAGAAUUAUAUUCGUCGUAUAAAACUAUUAUUAGUAUAUUUUCUGAGCAAAAAAGCUCGUUAGAAUUAGCUGAAUAUGUUUAUGAAGUCUUGAAGGAGAGAAUAGAUGUUGUUUACGGUAAGAUUUUAUCGUAUAAUUUUCAAAGUGACGUAGAAACAACUACUUCAAAUAUGGAGAAGUUUGAAAUUAAAACUGCAACAUCCUUGAUACCAGUUAUGGAUGGUUCAGAAAGUACGACAGAAAAAAUCAUAGACGCAGUAGAACUAUAUAGCGAUUGCCUAAAGGACACAGACCAGAAGAAAUUGUUAAUUUCUUUUGUUUUGAAAACAAGGUUAACUAAAACUGCCAAGCUAAAACUAAAAUCCGAAUAUGGUGACGUAGCAAGCCUUUUACAGGAUAUAAAAACUUAUUUGCUUACAAAAAAGUCCGCGAAUGCAAUACUUUGUCAAUUAAAUAAUUUGAAUCAAAAUAAUAUGUCUGUCUGUGAAUAUGGAAAUAAACUAUCAGAAUUAUUUAUAGACCUCACUAUUGCGCAAGCUAGUGGUAACGAAAAGACAUGCGAAAUACUGAGACCUAUAAACGAGAAACUCGCUAUCAAAAGAUUUUCCGAUGGAUUAAGAAAUAAACGCUUAAGCACUAUCAUUUCAGCGCGGAACUUUUCCGAGUUAAAAGAUGCGGUGCGUGCAGCGGAGGACGAGGAGCUGGGGCAGCCCUCGACUUCCGGUGUUAUUUUCAGCGCGAGAGGUAAGUCAAACAACAGAUAUAAUAAUAAUUUCACUAAGAGAGGACAUAAUAAUUAUUAUAAUCGAGGUUUCCACUACCGUACCAAUCAUAAUAGAGGUCAAGGAUAUAAUAAUAAUUAUCAGCAAUUUAAUGGUAAUCCCCGUGGUGGAUAUACACGCGGAAGAGGUAAUACUUUUUCAAAAUUUGUAAAUAAUCAUAAUUCUUCAGGAUAUUAUCGUAGUAGAGGUACUCGAGGUAGGAAUAAUCAGCAAAGAAUUUUCUCAGCUGAAGGGAGCGAGAACCGCCAAACAAAUAACGAAGAAACAGAGACCAAAAACCAGUUUUUUCGGUCCUAA